AAAAGAUGCCUUAUCCAGAGUCACUAUGCUAUCCCAUAUCAACCCCGAAGCGUCGCUUAUUUUGUGCACAGAUGCCUCCCAAGUAGCUGUAGGGGCAGUAUUACAACAAAAGAUGAAGGGCGAAGUCACCCCACUCGCAUUCUUUUCUAAGAAGUUGGAACCGGCUCAGACACGAUACAGCACUUUUGGGAGAGAAUUGCUGGCCAUAUAUCUUGCAGUGAAGCAUUUCAGUUACUUACUACAGGGCCGGCAUUUCACUAUUUUUACUGACCACAAGCCCCUGUGUCAUGCUUUCACUACUUCACUUGAUAAACACUCCCCUAGAGAAGCCAGACAGUUGGAUUAUAUCUCCCAAUUUUCAACCGACAUUCAGUACAUCAAAGGGGAUGCGAACGUGGUAGCCGAUUCUCUUUCAAGAAGUGACAUUAACCAGCUCCAAACGUCGGUAGACAUCAGUCUUGAUCGUAUGGCUCAAUUACAAAGAGAUGACGUUGAACUCCAAACCUGCCGCAGAAACUCUUCCUUACAGCUCAAAGAUGUGCCUAUCCCCUUAUCAGAUGCAACCAUAGUCUGCGAUGUAUCUACCGGCACUAAUCGUCCAUUUGUCCCUCUCAGUUGCCGAAAAGCAUUGUUCGAACAUUUACAUUCGCUUUCUCACCCUGGAGUACGCGCCACGGUCAGACUGAUCAGCGAACGCUUCGUGUGGCCUAAAAUGAACUCUGACAUUCGGAGAUGGGCACGAGAAUGUAUCCAAUGCCAAUGCUCCAAAGUACACCGCCACACUAUUACAACCCCGAAGACGUUUAAAUUACCCGAAAGGAGAUUUCAGCAUAUCCAUAUAGAUAUCGUGGGACCAUUGCCAACAUCAAGGGGAUAUACACAUAUCCUGACAGCGAUUGAUAGAUUUACUCGUUGGGCUAUUGCAUGCCCCUUAAACGACAUAUCUGCUGAAAACGUUGCUUUAGUUUUUCUCGACCGUUGGGUGUCAAACUACGGUGUACCAACUACUAUUACAUCCGACCGCGGUCCUCAAUUCCAAUCGACACUCUUUCGCGAACUGACGAGACUUCUGGGAGUGAAACAUAUCUCCACAACAGCCUAUCAUCCGGCAGCGAAUGGUCUAGUGGAAAGAUUCCACAGACAACUGAAAAGCUCCCUGAUGGCGCAGAAUGAUACAUCUAAGUGGAGUGAAUACUUACCUUUGAUUUUACUUGGUAUCCGUUCUACUAUCAAAGAAGAUUUAGGAUGUACACCGGCUCAACUUGUCUAUGGCACCAACCUAACCUUGCCUGGACAGCUAGUCCCCUCAGCCGAUUCCACAGACGUGAACAUUGCCGACUUCACUAACCGAUUAACUAGACAAAUGCUUCAACUUCAACCAACAGCACCUCGACAAUCUCCCCGAAGAGAUCAGAUCAACAAACAUCUACAAACUUGCAAAUUCGUCUUCAUUCGAGUCGACGCCAUCAGAAAAGGAUUGCAACCUCCAUACGAAGGACCCUUUCAAGUUAUUAAACGUUCAGACAAACACUUUACAGUGAACAAGAAUGGAAGACGAGAGACUGUUUCAAUUGAUCGAAUCAAACCCGCAUACACCGACAACGACUUCGAAUCUACAUCGGCAGCUGCGCAAUCAAAUAAUCAAACAUCCGAUUCCCCUCCACCGGCACCAAGUCUUAUCCUCCCUCCAUAUCACACACGUAGUGGUCGGCAAAUCAGUAAACCGGCUCGCUACGUUCAUUUUGAGGACUAACAAAAGAAAAAUAAUUAAAAAUUAUUAUUAUCUUUUUCGUUUAGACAUUAUCAUCAUGACCGUUAGUAUUUCGUCGUAAACUUUGAUGUUACUAUCACUAUUAUUUAUUUAUAUGUACCUCACCGAAAAAACAGGUAGUGUCCUUUCCAAAAACUAUUGAUCUUUAAUCCAUAUUUUUUUAAAUGUUUCUUUCCCCUCCUUAAUUACUGUGUAUUUACAUAUUUUUCUUUAUACAUUAAAAAUCUAUGUUCAUGGUUAGUGCAAAUUUAAGUGACAUGACUUUCUAUUUCAAUUUUUAUUGCUGAACUCAUUGUAUAUGCUUUCAGACUUUACAUGAUUCACAUACCUUCUCGCGUUUAUGCAUGUUGUAAUAUAUCCCUAUUUUUAUCCAAAAGUUGCUAUUACUAUUAUUAUUUACUUCAUAGUUUUACUUAUCAUUUUCCGGUUGUCUCUCCGGACCUCUAGGGGGGGAGCCGUGUUGAGUACGUAACAAUGUGAUUGUACACUUUUUGGUUACUUGUAUAAAUUCGAGAUAUUGUACAUAAUUUUUGUUUAAAACGCUUCUUGUUGAAAUAUACAUAACUUCCGUGUACAAUUGAAAAAUACACUCUGCUGUUGGAGACUUCGUCUUCUCCCUGGUCACUUCUGCUUACUUGCUCCACUCACACCGUGUUGUAUACUUCGGAUUUAUUGUAGGAGCCUACUACUCUCAACCGAAGACAUUUCUACAACCGGAACACAGCAGCUACAGCAGACGCAGUCCAAACAAUUAACGUGCCUGUGGAUUAUAUAAUUAAUUUGUAGCCGAGGACUUAGACGUUAUAUACAAGUAAUCCUUUUUGUUGCUAUAACUCGUCACUGUAUUUUUGGUAAUAUAUUGUGAUUUAACACUCCACUGACUUGGAUUAUUACUUUUAUACUUGGAAUGUUAGUGAACUCUAAUAUUAGUCCCCUACAAAUUAAUUGGUGAGCCCGAUAAGAACACGGAUUAUUUUGGCAUAUUCGUAUUCUUAUUUUUGCUAUUUUUAUAUUCAUUGUGAUUUUGUGUGUGGUUUAUAUUUGCAUCCUAAUUUGCACCA